CUACGAAGCUUCGCUCAUGCCUCAUUCCAAUUUCCAAACAUCAUCCUCCAUUGUAUUCAGCGUAGUUUUUUUCGAAUAAAUGUGAAUUGCGUCCUUUGGAUCAUGGAUUUACCAAAAUUAUUAGUUUAAUCGCGUUGUUAACUCUUUGUGGAUUUAUCGUUAAUUAUUUUUUGAUUACUUUUUCGUAUAUUUCAUCAUUCGUGUCGCCUUUAAUUUCACCAACAACACUCGUAUUCCAAUCAAAUUGAAUUGAGAUCUUCUUUGCAUAUUACCGAAUCAGAAUAGAAAAUGGCCGAAACUACUUCUCCAGUUUACGAUCUUACCUAUCCCAGUGCGGUGACACUGGAAGAAAUGUCAGCUAUCGCAAUCGUUGCGGAAUUAUGGCGUGAAGAAAUCGCACGUGCUGAAAUUAAGACUUUGAAUGAAUUAAAAUUAGCGAAGGAUAUUGUGCUGAAAAAGGUAACCCCCAAUAUUCCAUCGACGAUUUACGGAUUACUGAUCGAGUACACCGCCAAGUUCUGCGUAUCAAUUGCUGAUUGGAUUAAGUACCAUUCCAAAGAUGUUUUAUUUGAUACUGAUUACAAUAGUUCCUGGAUUAAGUACCAUUCCAAAAAUGUUUUAUUUGAUACUGAUUCCAAUAGUUACAUUGAGCUGUUGAACAAGUUCCAUGAUUUUGUAUGGGACUGGAAUGGUGAUAUUCAUUAUGUCCGAACGGCGAAACGAAUGAUGCUGUCUGAUCGCUUCGCUGCUGUUGAGAAAUUCAAAAUUGCCUGUUGGUACUGCUUUGAAGAUGAUAUUGAGCGAAUUUGGCCAUUUGUCAGCUCGAACUUCGAUUUGGCUCAAAUUGAUUUCAACGUACGCCCAUUGCUGUACUACUGGAUUUGCUGUCUUAGAAACGAACUAAACAUUCUACCCAAUCCUCAGGAUGAACCAAUCGAUGAGCUGAUGUUCAGUAAUUGCAGAUCUUUUUUCUCCCUUGAGUACUUUUGGAAUCGUGUACCCCACGAAAGGCGAUCGCGACCAACGUCAGUGCUGUCUACGUUCCAUUCCAGCUUAUUCGCUAGGUUCACUUUACGAAGAUUAAACGAAUUCGAACUAGAAGAAUUUCUCGCUGAAACAGGUGUUAAUUUCAUGUAUUCUCUGUUGAUCUUUGCCAGAGAAAAAGUACACGUUCUUCCUGCUUGGAUGUACAUCAGAAACAAAUUGAAUAGAAGUCAGUUCAUCCGAUUAAUCGAGAAACUGCUAGAACAUGAGACUCGCUUUUUCACCGCUAAGGAACGAUUGAAUUCCGAUGAUGAAGUAUAUUUAUGCUGUGAAAUAUGGAAAAAUUAUCCAGAGAAUAUGAAGCAAUGGGUAUUGAAUGACGUAUUAUUGAAUGAAACAUUGUUCAAGAGUCCAUGUACGAGGUCAUCUGACACUCAACCUAGAGAAAUGAGAUUCCUGAUCACAGUUCUGUUGGAUGCCAGUUUUGAACAAAGGCACAAAUUUUGGUGCAACAAUUGGCGUAAUUUGAUCUCUGGUGCUCGUGUCAGAGAACUAUUGGCAGUAAUGAAGUUAUGUUUCCGAGACGAGAACGACGUGAGCUUAUUCAAAGAGCAACAUAUGUCUAAAUACGAAAAUAUCCGCCCAUAUUGCGUUGACCUGCUAAGACUCUGUUAUUUCAAAGAAUUGCGUGCGUUUUUGUCUUUUUGUUGUUCCAACGAGCAAAAACUAAGAGAGCUGAAACAGCAACUGUUGAGGUCUAAUGUUCUCGGUGAAAAUUCUAUUCUUAGCUAUACCAUAUGCCGUUCUUAUAAAGAGUUGAAUGCGUUGGUCGAAGACGCUUUUGCUGAGGACGUCGAUCUUCUUGUUGAAUUCAAAAAUCAAUUCGUUUCAUCACCUGUAACUGAACGUCACUUUUGCGAUUAUAUUGACAGCGGCGACUUCGAUGAUCUGAUACAAUUCGUUGAAACAUUUGCACCCGAAGAAGCUGUUCAUGUUUUGAAGCAACGUUUAUUUGAUGUUUUCAACGAGUAUCUGGUCUCUGGUGUUAUUUAUGAAAUGAAAGGUGAUGAAUUACAAAGAUUUCUGGUCUGGUUGUUGGAUAGUGAAGAUGAGAUCGGUAAAUUCAAGCAGUCGUUACCAGUAGAUGAUAUUUUUUGCAACGUAAUACAGGAUGAGUUGGAGCUUGCGUAUGACGAUUGGGAUGGUAGUGAUGAUUAUAUGAUAAACGUGCCAUACCCACAUAGGCUGGAUGAUUUUUUGAACUGGUAUUUUAAUAAUGAUGCUGAAGAGAUUCGAAAAAUCAAGAAACGGUACUCCGAUUGGUUGUAGAUGUUCGGUCAUCGAAAAUACUUGGUGAUUUUUCUCGAAACUUUUUCUUUUUCAAGUUACCAAAAUAGAAAUUAUUUAUGUGUGAUUUUCUUACGUGAAUGCAGCAUUUUUGACAUUGUUUUGUUUUUGUUACUGAUAUUUAUAGUAUGUACUAUUAUUAUUCAUUUUGUUUUUAUGAAGUUGUACUUAAUCAUGAUUUUCUUAUUUCGUUAAUCGUAAGGUACCUACCUAUUUAACCAGUUGAGUUGUUGACUACUGCAUAUUUAAUUAAUCCGUGUUUGCCCGGUGGAGUUGUUUCUUGUCCAAUCAGCCUAUUUAUGUGUGAUUUUCCUAUGCGAAUGCAGCAUUUUUUACAUUGUUUUGAUUUUGUUACUGUUAUUUAGUAUGUACUACUCGUAUUAUUCAUUUUGUUAUUAUGAAGUUGUAAUCAUGAUUUUCUUGUUUCAUUAAUCGUAAGGUACCUACCUAUUAAACCAGUUGAGCUGUUGA